UUCACAUGGGUUUGAAUAGCUGCUCAGACAGAUGAGAUUAAAAGAUCAGGGUUAAAUUCUUUCUUUGAGCUUCAGUGAGGACAGGAUUUCACCCUCAAUCUCUGAUCAGUGUUGUCAUACUGACUUAUUGUUUGACUUCUUGAGAGGGGGGUGGGUGGAUUUUUUUUUCUGUUUUGCUUGUUGUGAGGUCAGAAUUAUCUCUACUCUGUGAGUGAAACUGAUGAUCAUCAUCAUUGUAAAGGCUUCUUUGAAGUAGCUCUUUUUAAAAAAUUACUACCCUGCCCACAUUUUCACUACCCUCAGGUGUGUGAAAGCUGUGAGAUGUGAACUGUGACCAAAUGUCAUGUUGCCAUAUAAACUGUUUUGGGUUGUUGUGUUGUCUACACCAGCACAACAUGGCAAUGCAGGUAUGGCUCUGAAAGUCCUGUGACAUCCGUUUCACAUGGAAGGUGUUUCCUGGUUUGUAUUUUCCUUAUUUUUCUGUCUAUGUCUCUGACAAUUUGUAUUGUACAGUGCACCAAUGUCCAUCACAGUGAUGUUUUAGUUCUCUUAUUUUCUCUGUCUCUUCACACCUUCUGGGAAUUUGGCACAUUUUUUUCCAGUGAAGUAGUCCAAGGCAUUUCAACUGUGCCACCAAAUUAAUUAGAAUUUCUUAGCUAAUUGGGAAACAUUACCAGUCUGCUCAGUGCUUGUUUGUUUCAAAUAACAAAGGGCAUCUCAUUCAGAACAUCUUGCUCAGUAUUUAGUACUAUUAGAACCUAUCUUUAAAUCUUUUGGAAAGUCUCAGGAAGUCAGUUGGUAUUUUCUGCCUAAUGUAGAAUACAAUCAGACAUUGUUUUGUUGGUUUGGGGUUUUCUUUGUUUUGUUUGUUUUUUUUUUUUAACUUUAGUCUCUGUGGAAGUCCCUACAAGAAGGGCUAUUUCUCACAAGCAUUGUGGAGGCUGUACCUUGAGGAAAAAAAGGGAGAGAUCUUCCCCAGUGCCAGUAUGAUUCAUUUGGCUGAAGUUCUACAGCUUAUAUUUGAGCAAGAGACAGAUCACUCUGCCUUGGACACUACCAGAAGUGAGACUUCCCCAGGAGUUGCUGAAGUGACUUUUGUGGAAAAGGAGCCAGCUGAACGCCACACAAUCGUGUCUUGGGAGCAACAGGGGAUCAAGUCUACUCCAGCCCCAGAAAAUCCAGGUGAUGUCCUGGGAGCCCUCCAGAAAAACUCCUGUGUAUUACCUGAGGAUUUAAAGAACUUCUAUCUCAUGACCGAUGGCUUCCAGAUGACCUGGAGUGUGAAAACCGAUGAUACCCCAAUGCCCCUGGGCUCCAUGGUGAUUAACAGUGUCUCGAAGCUGUGUCGGCUUGGGGGUUCCUCUAUGUACACUCUGCCUAGUGCUCCAACUCUCGCUGACCUGGAAGAUGAUACAGACGAGGAAGGUAAUGGAGACAAACCAGAGAAGCCACACUUUGAUUCUCGUAGUCUUAUCUUUGAAUUAGACCCAUGCAAUGGGAAUGGGAAAGUCUGUCUUGUUUAUAAGCAUGCUGAACCAGUGGUCUCCCCAGACACAGAGAUCUGGUUCCUAGACAGAGCUCUGUAUUGGCAUUUCCUCACCAAAACCUUCACAGCCUACUACCGCCUGCUCAUCACCCACCUGGGUCUCCCACAGUGGCAGUAUGCCUUCACCAGCUAUGGGGUCAGCCCCCAGGCCAAGCAAUGGUUUAACAUGUAUAAACCCAUAACCAUCAACACUGCACUCCUGUCUGAAGAAGCUGACUCCUUUGUGAACAAGCUGGACCCCAAUAAGGUAUUUAAAAGCAAGAACAAAACUCCAGUGCUCAAGAAGAAACCACCUUCACAGCCACCAGGCUCCCAAAAGACUCACAGUAGCACAACGUCUGCCAAGACAUCCUCACUAGCUGGGAAUUCUUCAAGGAAAUAAGCCCACCUGAUCUGGCCCUGGACAACACUUGCAAUAAGCUUUGAUGUUUUCUGCUGCAGAGUCUCAGUGGUUCAGACCAAGUUCCUUGUGCAUGAAUAGAUGUGCCCAUUGAAAAACACAUUGCAGCACUUGCAUGAAAUAUAGCUGUGAUGUGGAUGUAGUUCCUGGAGACUUAAAACAGCAUGUACUUUUCAGAGGGCAUGAAGAAACCUUUGAUGUCACUGCUCCAUAAGGAAGCUUUUGUACAACUGCAGCAGCAAAAUGAAAGCAAAUGUAAUUCACUGUAACUUUAACAGACCUAAGCUGAAGUAGGUGUGAAGAUGUUUCUGCCAUGUCCUUUGACAGAAAAUUGUCCUGACCUUGCAUGUUGUCAGAGCAGACUGGAACCCAGUGGACGCAGAAGUAUCUUUCAGUCCAGAUAGAAUCAAACUCUGCACUUCCCUGUGCUUCAUCCAACUUCUUCUCUAAGAUACACGGUACAAUGGGACUUGGGACUUCCAUGUCUCUGCACUGAUCUAGCCACUUGCUCUGCAUCCCAGACCACUUUUGGACCUUUGUGCUGUAUCUUUUAAGAUGAUGACAUGAUUUACAAUAAUCCUGAAGCAGAAGCUACAAGAUCCUUUGUUGCCUCCCUUUUGUGGGAACUGCUGAGCAGAGAGUCAGUGGUGUUGAGUCCCAUCAGCCAGGAGGACCCCUUGGUUUGUCACACAUUCAUUUGCAAAGCUGACCAUUGAAACAGACACUUUUCAGUUGGGCAGGAUCUCAUCAGGAGCCACUGAGAUCCUACAGCCUUAGAGACCCCCAAUGCUGUUUUCGAUACUGUAAAUUUUCAGGUUUGAGCUGCACUUUAAUCCAUUCACUGCUGGUUAUCAGUUACUCCUGUUUGUUUCCAUUACUUUUCUAUGCUAUUCUGUCUUCCAAAUAGGCUGGAAUCAUGGUAGCACCCAACACAUUUUGUGCCUGAAUAUGGAAAUUGAAAUCACUGUCUUCAAGUAUGCAUUGACUAUUUAAUUUUUGAAACCACCACAUAAUUACAUAAGACAAACCUACCUCACAGGGAUGUUGUGAGGCUUUCAUGAGUAUUUGUAUAGCCUUCAGAAAGAUG